AUGAAAUCCAGCCCCUCCACCAUGAUUUCUGAUGUUCCCGGGUUUAGAAAGAUCCUUCCCCGGUCAGAGUACAUCCUGGUGCCUAAACCUCCUGAAGAAGAUGGAAGUCUGACCCAUCCAAAGGAAAGUGCAAUCUUGGCUCCUUCAGCUGCUUUGUCUCACAAUGGAGGGCAGAAUGUCUAUACUUUGGAGUCAGGCCUUUCUGAACAGCUAAUCGAUCUAGAGGGACUCACAGAUGAAGGCGCAAAUGCAGUGCGUGAAGUCUUGCCUGGUGGAGUCUACUCCCACUGUGCUGGAACUGAUAAAAUAGCAGGGGAAAUCAUCCUGGACGAUGCUACUUUGGAGAUUGGAGAAACAAGCACUUAUCCAGCCACUAGCAUGGUCAUUGAAGAAGACGGCGGCCUUGCUAUUUCAAGAUCAGAUGUACCUAGAGGAAUGUCUGUUGUCACAGUUAUGGCCAUCCAGGACACAGAGGAGAACUCUACUCCAUCUGCCCCCUCCCAGUUUAUCAUGUUACCCAUGACCAAUCGCUCUAUUACCGAAACCUCUCGCUCUAUUAAACUGGCUACCACGUACACCAGAAGAGGGCGAGGCAGCUGCACAAACCCUACCUGCACUUUUAGUUAUGUAACAAGGCAUAAACCUCCUAUGUGUCCCCUGUGCAAUCAGUUUCUCGGGGGAAAGUGGAUUCCCAAGGGAAAACAAUCUAAAGAUAAACCAAACACCACUGUUCGGACAACAGACGUUGCAGACAGUCAGGAUCAGUCCUCUACUGUUACCAAGGCAUCUGAGAAGGAAAAUUCGGAAGCGGUUAGCCAGCUCCUGCAAUCUUCCUUGCCUGACCAGAACGAGGACUGGGAGGAAGUGAUCAUUUCUGAUGCCCACUUUGAGCCUGGAAAACGUGAGGGAAAUGAAUCAGCACUGACCGAGAAACGGCAGGAGAAGGCCACAAAACCAGCCGAGAACAACGCCACCAAAACUGACAAACCACCACCAGUUGGGAUCACCAAAGCUGUGCCACAAGCCUCAGUUUCCAAGACAAGUUCAUCCUCUGCUUCAUUGUCAAAACAAAACAUCAGAAGCCAAGUGUUUCUCGAAACCCCUCGCUAUUGCUAGGCCAACAAGAGCCAUACUCCCAGCUCCUACUAAUGCAAAUAGAAGCAUCACUGUGGAGUGCACUAGCAGCACCCUGGCCUUCUUAAAACCUGAGACAUACAACCCAAUCACAUCAGUGAGCCUAAAAGCCAGUACAUUGAAACAACUCGGUCAAGCAGUUUUGCACAGCCAAUGACUCAGGAGAUCACGGUAAGGGCUGACCUCCCAGCACCCUUGUCACAGCCGGACCUUAAAGUUGUGACUGAUACCUUCCCA